ACACACACACACACACACACACACACAGCCCUCCUCCUCGGCCAUCUCCCACUCUCACACUUGCUGUAAGGUGGCUGAAUGAAGAGUGUGUGCUAUACUCACACAUGUAGUGUCCGUUUCAAGCUGUUCCGUGUCUUGGUCAUUAACGAAGAGCGUCCGUUGUAGCUUCCGAGGUCACAUGACUGGUAUAACGGGACUCUGAAGACACCUUGAUCUCACCUGCUAUUUGUCCCUCUGUUUCUCUCUCCAGAUCCAUCUGUGGUUCUUUCCUUCUCUCUCUGUCUGUGCUACACACCGAGAUCAGGAUUCCAUAAGGUGUUUGUAGCACUGAUUCCCUCUAAGAGACUCUUGAGGGCCCUGAACCCUCCUGUUAAACACGCCACCAAUCAUCACUGGAGUCUACCACCACUUAGACAGGAGUAAGGAGUGACCCCCUCCUCUCUGGUUCAGAUGGCAGACGGUCGGCAGCCUGAGGGCAGAGCCCCCCAGUGGUCAUCUACAGGAGCCCAGGGCUCAUCCUCCCCUGGUGGACAUGGAGAGAACGGCUUCUCCUCCUAUAGGGCUUGCCAGCCUGGUGGUGCCCACGCUGGUUCUACCACCUCCUACGCCAAAGAGAAUGGCUUUAAUGGAGACCUAACCUCUGGACAUGCUGUGACUGCAGAGCAAGUGUCAGCGCGGAUCGUGCAGGAAGUUACGGCUGAAGCGGUAGCAGUACUAAAGGGAGAGCAGGAGCAGCAUCCGGACACUGCCGUCAGGCUGCCCUCAGGUAGGAAGGCAGUGGAGGACUCUGCAAACCUGCCACCCUCUCCUCCUCCGUCCCCAGCAGCAGAGCAUUUCGGGCCUUUGGAGCAAGAUGUAGGGGAUGAGGAGGAAGCAGGUCCUCUCCGCCGCUUCCAAAAUUCUCGCGAGAGGUGCAAGUUCCUCGCCCCCUCCAUCUCAGUGUCUGUGCCUGAGGAUGACCCGUACCACUCUGAUGAGGAAUACUAUGAGCACCCUUUAUUCAGCCCAGAGUGGACGUGCUCUGGCUCUCGCCCCCCAGGGCAAGCCGCUGCGUUUAGACAGAUCGAAGAGGAGACCAUGGAGAGUCUCUCAGCUGCGGAGGAGGAAGAGGAGGAGACUUCAGAAGCUGCAGCAACAGCAGCAGCUCUAGAGGAACAGGAUGAGGAGGAGGAGUGGAGUGGGGAGGACCCUGAGAAGGAACCCUCAUCUGAGCUCCUAGAGCAGGCAGAGGUCAUUGGCGAGACCCAGGCUCUGCCCGGCCUGCAUGGCGAGGCUGAGCUUCACACAAAGGCAGCUACUGCUGCCAAUGAGGCCCCUAAUGGGAGAGCUGAGGAGGCAGGGGGGCAAGAAAGCCCUGCAGAAGCUGUGAAGAUGGAAGCUGAGAGGCCAGACAGUGAGAUUACAGAUCCCAUUGGCAUGGACUUCACAGAAUCUGCAAUGCAACUAGAUGAUCUCCCGUCUUACCAAAGCCUUGCCAGAGACAUAGAUAUACCAGAAAGCCCCUUUGAUCGAACAUGCCCCAUGGAGGAUUUUGAUGUGCCUCCAAGUGGCCAGAGUCAUGCCAAAGAACCUUGUGAGUCGCCAACUCAAAAGCCUGAUGGACAAAGUGUUGUUGUGGUUCAGCCUUCAACUGAAACACAUGACUCUAUCAAUAUACAUGAGGCAAAAUCAGGGCAGGAACAAGACAAACAAACAAAAAUAGCUGCCACAGCAAAACCUGAUAAACAAGAAGGGGACGUGAAGGACAAAUCUGGAAUGUCUGCUUAUUUUGAGACCACUACAUUUAAGACAGAUUCUACCAGGUCUCAAGGGGAAGGGUAUUAUGAGCUGAGUGUUACAUCAGAAGAGCAAAAGGACUCUGUUGGUAACCUCCCACUUCCUGAAAUCAGCUACAGCAUUCUGGCUCAAACACACUCUUUGGAAGUCAUGACAGAUCUUCCAAAAGAUACUGCAGAAACACUGAAGACCACAUCACCAGUAGACAGAAGAGAUGAUUGUAGGCUAUCUCCUGGAAAACUGGCUCUAGAGCAAAGAAGCUACUCUUUGAAUAUAACCAUUGGGGCAAUGGAUCAUGGUGAAGCCCAAGGACAUCCCAGAAACUUUUCUCCAUUAGCCACUGACAUCAUGUCUCACACCAGUGGGAGCCUUGAUGAAUCUGCCGAUUACCUUCCUGUCACCACUCCUUCAAUGGAGAAGCUCCCUCAAUUUCCACCUCUGAUCCUCGAGACAGCUGCCUCUGCCACAGCUCAAACAUCUACACCUCCCCAGGUGACACUUAGUGAUGUAAAGACAAGUCCACAGGCAGAGUCUCCAGAACCACCUGUGCCUGCUAAGUGCUAUUACAAAAAUGGCACUGUCAUGGCCCCAGACCUGCCUGAAAUGCUGGACCUGGCAGGUACCCGAUCAAGGCUGACAUCAGAAAACACCGACCCAGAGAUUAUGAGGAGAAAGUCUGUCCCUAUAGACAUGUCUUCUCUCGUGAGUGAUUCUUUAGCACAUUUGUUCAAAGGUGACCAGAGUCAGAUGGCUGCAAAGAGAGAGAUACAAAUGGAGGAGCAUGGAUAUUGUGUCUUUAGUGAAUAUUCUGGUCCUAUGCCAUCUCCUGCGGAUGUGCACAGUCCAGUGGAUUCUUCUCCUCAAAUAUUCAACACUGUGAUAGAAGAGAAGGAAACUGGUUCUGUUACAGGUGGACAGGAGUGCCUAUUGGCUGAGGAUCUGACAACAACAGAGGUUGUUGCACCACAGGCAAAACAAGAGGAAGAAAAUUACAGAGAGGAAGAUUCCUUUGAAAGAGAAAGAACAGCUGAGACUAAAAAAGAUGAGUUUGAUCUUUUAUCAGGAGACCUCAAGAAUGAAACUUUACCUGACAACGAGAAAGGACAGUUAGACAAACAAGCCGAAACCUUUAUCACACCGAAGGUGACCGUUACCCUAGAGGAUGCAAAGCCUGAUCUUGAUGCAGGUGCUAAACUUGCAGCUGAAACUGAAGCUGAAAUAGCAGACUAUGAGAGACAAAUACGCAAAUUGGAGAUGGAGGACCGGCCUUUGAGCGUAGAGGAGGAAAGAGAGCUCCAGGAGCUCAGAGAGAAGGUGAAGAAUAAACCAGACCUUGUACACCAAGAAGCUUAUGAGGAGGUGGAUGCAGAAGAUGCGUACCAGCUCACUGGAGCUGCGAAGGACAGGAUUGCAAGGCCCAUUAGGCCAUCACCAGCAUCUUCUGUAGAAAGUGGCACAGAUGAGGAGAUGUUGACAAGACCUAAAUCACCAGCAGAGAAAGAGACUCUUAAAACAGACCCUAAUAGAUUAUCUCCCGUUGGAUCUUUUGAGAAAUACUUUAGAGAGGAGAGACCUUCUGAGCAGGAGGUAAAACAGAAAGAUAAAAGUUUUGAGGAGAAAGAUAAAACUGUGGAUGAGAAACCUCUGCCAGCUCCUUCAAAGAAAGAAGAGGCUCAUUGUCCCACCAUAGUACCUCAAGGAGUAGAGGAGGAGAUGGAGAAAAAUAAAAUGGUGGAGGAGAAGCCUCAACCAGCUCCUUCAAAGACAGAAGAGGCUCCUUGUGCCACAAGAGUAUCUCAAGGACUAGAGGAGGAGGUAGAGCUUGCUGAGGAGCCUGAGGAGAUCAUGCCAGAAUCAAAACCAGCUCUGAUUUCAAAUCUGGAGGUGAAGCCAGUGGCAGAUAAAGCCAAGCCAGCUGAGAUUGCAGUUGAAAUGCAGGAGGUUAAAAUAGUAGAGAAAGAAGAAGUGGAAGAAGAUGAAGUCUUGGAAGGGGCCAAGGCAGCAGAGGACAACUUUGAGCCUCGAGCUGCAAUUGAGUCUGUAGUAACAGUAGAAGAUGACUUUAUUACAGUGGUGCAGACCAUUGAUAAGCGGGAAUUCUCUGGACACAGUGUACGCUUCUCUGCCCCCUCUGAAGAGGAACCUCCACAACUCCUCCAAAAAGAGGAAGAAGAGGAUGUGGAAAUAGUACAAAAGGUAGAUAUGGAGGCUGCAAGUUUGGGGGAAGCCCUAGAUGUCCCAAAACCUGUUGAACCUCCUGUAUGUCCAGUUAAAGAGAUAGAAGUACAAGAGAGUGAGGCCCCAACUCAAAGCUAUGACGACUACAAAGACGAAACUACCAUUGAUGACUCCAUCUUAGACAGUUCCUGGGUGGACACUCAAGAUGAUGAUAAGAGCAUGGCCACAGAGAAAAUUGAACCUCUGCCUAAAGUGAUGAGCCCUGUCAAGAAACCACCUGCAGAAAAACCGGUCAAACAGAGGACUAAGGGUGGCAGAGCCAAAGGACGAAUUACUACCCCUGAACGCAAACCUUUUCGCAAGGAGCCCCUACCCAUCCAUAAGGAAGAGCUGAAGAAGAAAAAAGCUGUGAUUAAGAAGGCUGAGCUCACAAAAAAAUCUGAUAUUCAGACGUGCUCUCCUUCCCGUAAGAGUGUUUUAAAGACUACCGUAAGGCACCCUAGACCAACCCAACACCAUGCGUGUGUUAAGCGGAAACCCACAGUUUCUGCGGAUGGGCGACUGCCGUUCAGUGUGGCUAGGCACUCUAGAGAUCGGACCUCCAACCCUACAACACUAACAAAGAUCCCAUGCACCUCUAAAAUGCGGGCGGCGGCCUUGGUGCCAGUCCGGCCAAACUCUGCCAACUCUGCCCAUAAAAAGAGCCCAUUGGUUGAGGCAGAUCUUUAUGAGCUCCGCCCUUCUUCAGCGGGCACACAUGAAUCACUAAACAUACAUGUAGUGAAGGAUGGUGGUUCUCGGAGCCCGGAAAAGAGGUCAUCCCUGCCACGGCCAGCAUCCAUCCUUACUCGCCGCUCACACACAGCUGAGCAUGAGGAGAGUUCAACCUCCAUUACCAGCUCUGGGUCCACAGCACCACGCAGGCCCACAUCAUUCCGUACUGAAGUCAAAGCAGAGCACAGGACAGGCAGGUCUGCUAGCAUGACAGGCAUAGCCCGCAGUGGCACCUCCACACCUCGCACGCCCGGCUCCAUGGCCAUCACCCCUGGCACCCCUCCCAGCUACUCCUGCCGUACCCCGGGUACACCUCGCACUCCAGGCACCCCCAAAUCUCUCAGCCUGCUGUCCCAGGAGAAGAAAGUGGCCAUCAUCCGCACACCUCCAAAAUCCCCUGCGACAACACCCAAACAGCUGCGCAUCCUUAACCAGCCACUGCCUGACCUCAAGAACGUCAAAUCCAAGAUCGGCUCCAUUGACAACAUCAAGUACCAGCCCAAGGGAGGGCAGAUUCAAAUUUUAAACAAGAAGCUGGACUUCAGUCACGUACAGUCAAAGUGUGGAUCCAAGGAUAAUCUGAAGCAUUCGCCCCGUGGAGGCAAUGUGCACAUUUCAACUAAGAAGAUUGAUCUUAGUCAUGUGACCUCCAAGUGUGGAUCUUUGGACAAUAUUCGCCACAGGCCAGGGGGUGGCCAUGUGCGCAUUGAGAGUGUGAAGCUGGACUUCAGAGAAAAAGCCCAUGCAAAAGUGGGCUCCCUGGAUAAUGCUCACCAUGUACCUGGAGGAGGCCAUGUACAGAUCGAAAGCCAUAAGCUGGCGUUUCGGGACGUGGCCAAAGCACGUGUGGAUCAUGGGGCAGAGAUUGUGAUUGAGACGAUCGGGGUGUCGGGAGGCACCUCUCCUCACCGGCACAGCCACAUGUCUUCGUCUGGGAGCAUCAACGUGCUCGAGUCUCCACAGCUGGCCACGCUGGCUGAGGAUGUGACUGCUGCCCUGGCCAAACAGGGCUUGUGAAUCCUCCACCACAUUCCCAGUGUCUAGCAACAUUGUUCAAUUUCCCCUCUGCUCAAUCUACAGUAGUUCCCCUUUAGUGAUUUCACGAUUGGCACAAAUCCCCCCCCCCCCGUCCCCAGUAUUUAUGGAAGACACUACAAUUUCACUUCCCAUUCACACCUCUACUCACUCUUCCCUCUUUAUCUGUCAACAAUUUGCAGAACCCUAUUGUGACUAUCUAACACAGAAAAAAAUAAUUAUCUGUUUAUUUUUUGUUCAUUUUAUUGAAUAAUGACUUGGCUAGAGAGCUACCUGUGCUUUUUAUUACCGAUGUUAUAUGUUUGACUUUUUAUGGUGUGUACAGACAGUGGCCUCAAAUGCUGGACUAGGGUCAGCUUCAGGUGUAUUGCGUGAAGUCGGUUGGCAGAACCAGGAAUCGGAAAUAUUUUCUACAUGAGAAUGUGGCACGAUGUUUCCAUGCUGCACGUGUUUUUUUGCCCAUUCAGUGCAUGGACUUGAAAAUACACAUUUCCACUGCAAACAAAACAUAUAAUAUAAGGGAAUAUAUUUAAAAAUCUACCAGCUCUUUGUCUCAACAUCUUAUGCUCAAUUGAAAAGAAAAAAAAUUAUUACUCCUUCGAUAACAGUACAAUUGCAUUAUUAAAAGGAAACCUAGAUAGUAUGACAAGCAUGUAUUCUAGGGCACAAAAGAGGCUAUUUUCUAUUUCAAGGGAUUUUAGUAAGUUAUUUGCUGAAACAUUGGAUAAAAUGAACACUUCAUGUUUUUUGUAGAUACUAGCAACGUCAUUAAGCUUAAGUACAUUAUUUCAGAUGACUGCACCGACAUUGACCAUGGCUCCAUUGUGCACCCCUGCCUUUGCUUUUGGUAAGAAAAGUGGAUCUUUUUUGGAACUGAUUAAGCAGGUUUGUGCUUUAUAUUACACAUGAUGGCUAUAUUACAAACAGUAUUACUUUAAAGGUGCUGUUAGCGAUGUUUUUCAUGGAAUGACACACAGAAAAUGCCCCUAUUUCCUGACAAAUAUCACUGAAAUACAAAAAGUGUCUUGAAAAAUCACACCUGUCUCUGUAAACAGUGGGGAAAAAUUAGAACACAGGCCGCUGUCAGAUUAUUUGUUUAGCCAAUCAGGAGACUUUGAGGCACUUUCUGCCUGUCAAUCAUUUAGCACGUUCACAGAGCAGCCUAAAUAUGGGCAGCAUGAAGCUGAGAGUAUGGUAGUUGAAAUGGAACAUUCAAGUUAAACCAUAUUCUGCUUCAUAAGCAGUUUUCAGUUUUCAAGUAGCUAGUUUGUCAUAUGACAAACCUAUUUUGCAACCAUUGCUUUUGUCAAUGCUGAGAUAACGAGCUGCUGCUCUCCAGCUACGUUUCUGACCACAACAGUAUCACUUGUUGUUUUGGAGCGAGCCAGAGUGUCGAAUUCUGUAAAAAAGUCUGGCGUAAAUGUAAGCGUAAGCGUAGUUCUAGCAGGAAGAUCUCGGGAUUCAUUCUAUUAGGCAUCUCAUCCAAUCACAGCUGCCUCUCAUUGUUCACAUACCUCCAUGUUUUCACCCCCCAUCUCACACCAUCUCCACCAGUUUAGGCCCCGUCCUGGGUGGAGGUAAGAGGGCUUACACCAAAUGAUAUAGGUAUUCUUCCGUUCGCAUUUAUUCCAACAAUCUUGAGUCUAUCUGAUAGAAGUAAGUUCCAGAAUGGCUAGCAUCACUUACAGCAUCUUUAAACAAAGGAACAAAGAAAGGACAAUACAUGAGUCAUGGAGUUUUGUUCAAAUGCAGCCAUGUGUCUGGGUGUAACAGCUCUAAAUCUGCUGUCUUGAAGUGUGAACCACGUAUGGCCUCUUUUAGAGGCAUGAUGAUAAUAGAUCCACUUGGUUUGUGGCUGUCUGAGCGAGAUGGGUGGUGCUGUGGGCCUCAUUUAUUCUUUAACGUAGGGAGCAGCUACUCGGGACUCUGUUGGUGAGUCAUAGGCCCUGUGUUUGUCUGCUGAAUUCUGCUUGGAUGCUUAGGUUUCUUUUUGUUUGUGUGAGUGAACUUAGGAGGCGGAACUUAAAACAAACGUAAAAAAAAGGAUACUCACUCGGCUUGCAUUUGUUUGAACACGGUACUUCAGUAUAUUUUUACUCUCGUCAUUUGUGGUUCUACCCCCUUUUCCCUAGAAACAGCUGUCAUUUGUAGGCUUCUGUGUUUCUCUGCCCCUCUUGAGUCUUACCCACCCUUCCCUUAUUCCCAAAGCUGCUGUAAAUGUAUUAAAAGGUCACAUAGAUGUACGCAGUUUUUUUUCCUGUUGGUAUGAUACAGAUUAUAAAUGCCCUUAACAGUUAUGACAAUAAAAAUACAGAAAAUGAACAAAACAUGAGUCUGAUUUGAUUAU